GUUAAUUGUAACGAUCGUUAUCACAUUCAAUACUAGCAGGUGCUUUGGUUCGUUUGGUUGUUGUCGAGAUGGCCCGCACCAAGCAGACUGCGCGCAAGUCAACUGGUGGCAAGGCCCCUCGUAAACAACUGGCUACUAAGGCUGCACGUAAAUCAGCGCCUGUGGCGGCUGGAGUGAAGAAACCACACCGUUAUCGCCCUGGUACCGUGGCUCUGCGUGAGAUUCGUAAAUUCCAGAAAUCGACUGAGUUGUUAAUUCGCAAGUUGCCUUUCCAGCGUCUGGUACGUGAGAUUGCUGAGGACUUUAAGACGGAGCUGCGUUUCCAAUCGCAAGCUGUUUUGGCUCUGCAGGAGGCUGCUGAGGCGUACUUGGUUGGCCUCUUUGAGGACACCAACCUUUGUGCCAUCCACGCUAAGCGUGUUACCAUCAUGCCCAAGGACAUACAGCUUGCCAGGAGGAUCAGGGGUGAGAGAGCUUAAUGAUAUAGCAGAUGCUGCUGCUCUCAUCUGCC